ACUCGUAAAUUACGACCUGAGAGCCGCAGAUUGUAGAGUACUUUUCGAUGUACAGUGACUUAGCGUACAACUUUUAGUCGCUGUUGCUGUUUGUUUCACUCAAUGGAAAUGCUCCCGAGUCCUCGUAGGCUUACUUGAGCUGAGUUUUGAUCGGAUAUCGAGGACAUUAUGUCGGUAAAGUGCCAAACAGCCAUCCAGGGACCAGGGCAGCGUGGUGAGUUCAGGGGCUAGCUUGCCUGCUGCUCCCCCUGUAAAGGGUGGCAGCUGCAUUGGCUGUGGGGAUGCUAAGAAAGAGCAGCAGCCACAGUGGUGGUGGCGGUGGCAUCAGUGGCAUCGGUGGCAUCGGUGGCAUUGGCGGUGGGACGAAGCACACCCAGGGUCUGCCUCGAUAUCUCUCCAAGCCCCAUACGGGGUCACUCUCGGCCGGAUCUACCAAGUCCUGGGAUAUGGGCCGCAGCUCCAAGAACCCAAAUCCUCUGAGCAGCAUGGGGCUGGCGUCUCAUCCAGUUGGGGCACCAGGAGUGGACCCGGAGUAUGUGAUGCAGCUGGUGAAUGAUGUACGGUGGUUUGCCGAUGUGUUGCUCAACCUCAAGGAGGCUUUCGAGAGUAAAGAGAAUCUUGAAGGUCUCCAGGUGGUGGUUCAGGAGCGUUUGGCAGAGUUACUCCGAAUCCUCAAGGCUGUCAUCGGCAAACACCCGACACUCAACUCUGUGGACAUUCUGGGAGCGGCUGGAACGGUCAUCGCCAAGGUUAAAGGCGUUAACUUCAAGGAAGUGGACCCAGAAAACACAAAAGCUAUAUUUGGCGAGAUACACGCAUCCAUCGACACUUUGGCAUUCACGUUCGGCAAUGUAGUUUCUGACUUCCUUAUGGGAGAUGUGGACAGUGGCCCAGGGUUGGGGGUCCCCCAGAACAGGAGAAGCAGGUCUUUUGACAACCUCUCUGCGGGUCCUGAGGGAUACGUUACAGAGAAAAGUGACCUUGUGGGCUCAGAGGUGCCGUUGUCACGGGAGGAAGAAGUCGACUUGACCCUGCUGAAGAAUGACGGCGGGGUGGAGUCUGCUCUCCUGUAUGCCAAGGCCUGGUCCAAGUACAUUAAAGACCUUCUGGCGUGGAUGGAGAAGCGACUGGUUAUGGAUAUCGAAUAUGCCAAAAAUUAUGCCAAAAUGGCCGAGUCUGCAAGAACACUGGCCAGCCAGCAGCACUACAUGCCGUUCAGUGAAAUCUACAUCUCCACAUUCAAGAACGACAUUGAAUACACACAGCUGCUUAUUCAAACUGCCAUGGCUCUUCAAACAAACAAAUUCAUACAGCCUCUCCUGGCCCGUAAGAACGAGUUGGACAAGUUGAGGAAAGACCUCAAGGAGCAGUGGCAAAGGGAGCAAAAGAAAAUGCAAGAGGCAGAUGUAACGCUGCGUAAAGCACGAGCGCUGAAGGCCCAGAGGAGAGAAGAGUACCAGAGAGCCCAUUCAUAUAUCAACCGCUCCCAGGACGAGCAGUCUAACGCUGGGAACAGACAGCUGGAGAAGAAGAGGAAGCUGGAGGAGGAGGCUCUGGUGAAGGCAGAGGAAGCCCAGGACCAGUACCACAGCUGUAUGGCUGACGCAGGCGUCAGAAGGAUGGACAUGUCCAGCGCCAAGAGUACCAUCCUUGCACAGAUCCGAGAGAUGGUCUUCCAGUGUGACCUCACGCUCAAAGCUGUGACUGUGAACUGGUUUCAGAUGCAGCAGGCGCAGACUGUGUCCUUUCCCACCCACCACCAGGCCCUGAGCGAGAGUGCCAAGCUGUACGAACCGGGUGAAUGCUAUGCCGAGUUCGUCCGCAACCUUGCCAAAAAUCUGCCAAAGGAGCGUCUGCACUCUGAUUCCAUCUCCUUCGACAACACCAGGUUUCUUUUCAACAAAAGGUCAGUGGGAAGCACUCAUUCGUCCCACGGCAACCUGUCACAGGCAUCCGUCACCUCCUGUGAUGUGCUGAGCGGAGACGAAGUGGACGGUUCUCUGCACCAGGCUGCGAAGAUCAGCGAGAGGAGGUCCAACAGCAGCACAGACAUACAAGCCCUGAGAAGUCAGGCCACACUGAGAGCCUGGGCUUCCAGUAGUCAGGGCAGCCAGGGCGGGAUGUGCAGUGACUCGGAGAGUGCGGGAGGCAGCAGCGAGUCCAGGUCCAUGGACUCCCCCACUGCCAGUCCAGGUGACUUCAAACGACGGCUGCCAAGGACUCCCUCCACUGGGACCAUGUCUUCUGCUGACGAUCUAGACGAGAGAGAGCCUCCGUCACCUUCAGACAACGGUCUUGCGGAGAUGGUGACAGAAACAGCCAGUUCUCCCGGUCCCUUCCGAAACGCUCAGAUGUCCAAAGCUGCUCAAACCCACAAGCUGAGGAAACUACGAGCUCCAUCCAAGUGCAGAGAGUGUGACAGUCUGGUUGUUUUCCAUGGAGCAGAGUGUGAGGAGUGCUCACUUGCCUGCCAUAAGAAGUGUCUGGAAACACUUGCUAUCCAGUGCGGCCAUAAAAAACUGCAAGGCAGACUUCACCUGUUUGGCAUCGACUUUGUUCAGGCAGCAAAGAACAGUCCAGACGGCAUCCCUUUCAUCAUCAAGAAGUGCACGUCUGAGAUUGAGAGCCGGGCCCUCAACAUCAAGGGGAUUUAUCGAGUAAAUGGUGCUAAAUCGCGAGUGGAGAAGCUCUGUCAGGCAUUUGAAAACGGGAAGGACUUGGUUGAGCUGUCUGACCUUUCACCUCAUGACAUCAGCAACGUCCUGAAACUCUACCUAAGACAGCUACCAGAGCCAUUGAUCCUGUAUCGAUAUUACAAUGACUUCAUCGGGUUGGCCAAAGAGUGCCAGAGAGUGAUCGUGGAGGAGGCGGAUAAAUCCCAGAACCCCCAGCCAGGAGAGAAAAGAGGGCCGAGUGUCCAUCUCAACAGAGUCAUCUUCAAGAUCAGAGACCUCCUCCGCCAGCUGCCUUCAACCAACUAUAAGACUCUACGCUUCCUUAUAGCACACCUGAACAGAGUAACCGAGCAGGCUGAGGAGAACAAGAUGACCGCUAGUAACCUGGGAAUUAUCUUCGGCCCCACGCUGGUGAAGCCCCGGCAGACAGAUGCAGAAGUGUCCCUGUCCUCCCUGGUGGACUAUCCCUACCAGGCCUUGAUGGUGGAGCUGCUGGUUCGACAUUUUAAAACAGUUUUCGAUGGAUCGCAUAUGUCCGGUACCGUCAUUGCAAACACCGGCCAGGCGUCCCCCAGACUCACCCCCCAAGAGAAGCUGCAUCGGCUCAGCAGACACUCUGCCUCACUGAUGGACAUCAAAGAGACUGCGAAGGUGUACAAGAGAUUCUCCUCUGUGAUUCCAUCCUCUCACAUCCUGGGUGAGGUUCAGGAGGUCCAGCCGGGAGCAGACAAAACAGACGACACGGCUCCAGACGGACUCAACGGGAUCCAGACAUCUAGUGCUGCAGACGCCCAGACGUCGCCCUUAAUGUUUGAAUGUCCCAGCACCACCAACCACACCACCACCACAACCACAACCAGCACCAGCACCAGCACCAGCACAGUGGCACCAAGGGUUCAGCUACGCACACAGCGCCCCAGAUAUGUGUCUCGACCGAUCAGCAUGCCGCUGGAGCGCCUGCCCAACCCCGCGCAGAUCAGCGAGAGGAAUAACCGCAACACUUCUGUAAACGCUGAAGCAGGCUCUGCUGAACAGAACCUGGUCUCUGAGACCAUACAGGAGAUACCAGAGCUGGAGAAGGCACGCCAAAGUGGCUCAUCCAGGGUUAGCACGUACUACAUCACUCCUUUUAUUGACACGCAGACCAUGCAGAGGAGAACGUGGGACAGGAAGUACAAGCACUAUGACGUCACACCUCGGACUGCUAUGAUAGUGGCUAACCUGCCUUCAGCCAGCACCGGAGUGCAACCUGUGAAGGCAACAGUGCCUGUCAGUCUCAGUUUAGCAGUAUCCACUGUGUCUGUGGUCCCUACAACAAGCAGCGUGUGCACCAUCUUCUCCAACAGCCCGUACACGGUGACAGUGAAGCCUGUUUGGACUUCUAAAAGGGAAAAUGACGCAGACAAACCAGGAAGUGAGUCCAGCUUACUGAACCAUCCACUAACACUCAGGGCACCGAGGACUCUGCAGCCUCCUCCCGGAACUUUCUACAAACCUCCUACUGGCAUAAACAGCAGAGCUCGGACACUCCCAAACUGGACUACUACUGUUACCACCAUGACCACCACUACCACCUCCUCCUCUCUCACCCCCACCAACUCUUUAGAGGUAGUCACACCGCCCCCCACCGUUACAAGCUCUCACCAGCCGCGACUCCAGAGACAGGACUCCACUGACAGCACCUCUGACCCCAAGGUCUCCACCUCAGCUCCCCUGUCACCCCCACAGUCCCCUCCCCCCGGCAGCCCUGACGACCUCAGCCCCAGCGAGGCUAAACCUGUCUACCAAAGACUGCGACCACGGCGGCUGCAGGAGCUGGAGCACAGAGAGGCUCAUUUUGUCUGAUGCCAAAAAAAUAAACAUUUUUUAAAACCGUGUAAAUAUGAAUGUGAUAAUCUGUGCCAUAGUGUAUACUUGGGAAAACAUUUUUUAUGAUAUGAGCUAAAGUGGGAGAAAUGUCGGCCUGUGAAAAUGAACCAUGAAAGUGUUAUAAGUACUAAUAUAUUAUUUUACAUGUUUAAGUCAAGGUGUCAGGUGGUUGGUCUCCUGAGCAUUCAAACAAGUAGAAGCAGAACGAUGCCAACAUGAUAUACUUAGUGUCUGUUUUAGAAUAACAAAUACAGUCUCUGUUUUUAUGUCACAGAAACGCCAACCACACACUGACGUCUGUAAAGAAUAUAAAGCUAUUGUUCUCCGUGUUUGACUUGAACAGUUGAGUUCAUGUAAAGAAUAUGAGUUGUUAUAAAUUGUAUUUUAUUGUAAUCACACAAUGCACUUACAGCAGGUUCAACAUGUUUUUACCUUUCAAUGUUUCAAUCUGCUUAACUUUGUGUUUUAUUCUGAAAGAAACAGGCAGAAGUAUUGGAAACAGGCGGCUCAUAGAACAGUUCAACAUGUUGACCUUUGUCCCCUGUAGCCUGUGAUUGGUACAUCUCUUCUCAGUAUGUAAACCCUCAUGUAUCUGUUUACGUUUUUAUAUAAAGUCAUACAUACUGCAUGUUUGCCACAAUAAGGUCGUCUCAUAGUGAUUACUCUUGUGACUAUACAGAAGUGAAAUGACAUGCGACAGUUCUUGCUGCAAAUUAAAAAAUGUAGUGUAAACUGUCA